AUGCAACAUAAAAGAAAUUAUUUUCUAACUCUUUUUGUCAUUAUUACUAUUCUUUUUUCUUAUUUAAAUUGUGAUGCACAACAAAGUGGAAACUCACAAGACGAAGAUGGUGAUAGAUAUUUUGUUGGUAAAGGAAAUGUUACAUGUAAUGAUAAAGGAAAACAAGGUGUUAAUGUUACAAUUUACAAAAAAAAUGAAGAUAAUAAUGGUUUGGAUGUGUUAAAUUUUACACUAACAGAUACAAAUGGAUAUUUUAAUAUUGAGGGACACUGGACAAAAAGUAAUGAAACAAAUACCAAGAUAUGUUUUAAGGGUAGCUGUUCAAAAGGAAGAAAAAAAAGAGUUGUAAAAAAGAAGAAUAACCAACUUUGUUUUUACUUUCCAUUUAAAAACAUAACAAAAACAAAAGAUGAAGCUGAAAAAAAUCCAUAUGUAGUCUCAGUACCAUUGGAUUAUUCAAGUCAAAAAUCAAAACAAUAA